AUGAUGCAAUGGCGCAAUUCACCCUCAAUGAAUAAUUCCGGAAAUGAUUAUUCACAUUUAAAAUGGCCACUAACAUUUGCUAGUAUAUUAACAACAAUUUUAGCGGUCACUCUUCUUAUAAGUUUUCGUUCUGAUUCAUGGUUUACAUAUGAAUUAAUUCACACGGAUAAUAAAUCUGAAAUAUCGAAUUCAUCACAAUAUUCAAAUUUACUUGAAUAUGGCACUAUAGGUUUAUGGACGAUAUGCGUUGCCCAAUAUAAUGAUCCUGCUGUAAGCUGUGAUUCAUGGACACAAGAAAGUCGACCUCACUCUUUUAAUUUUCUUAUUAUAUUAAUUUCAUGUGCAUUGUUCCUGUCAAAUUUAACAGUUUUUCCAUCAUGGGGUUCAUCAAUACUUAUACUUUAUAAUUUCAAUAAUCGCUAUACUCGACAUAUAUUUUCUUUCAUUGGAAUUCUUUUAAUUCUUACAUUUUCAUUUACAGCUGUUCUUAUGAUUGCAAUAUUUUAUGCAAUAUUAACACCAUUCUAUGCUCCAGGACAGUUUACAAUUGAUACAGAUCAUCUGUUUUUUCAUUCUGAUCAAGGUCUAUUCUGUGCUGGUUUUGCAAGUGUUUUAGCAAUGAUUUGUUUGGUACUAGUAAUUAUAACAGUAAUAUGGAAAAAAAUGAUUGAAACGAAAUUAAAAGAAGCUGAAAAGGAUCUUAUAAAACAAUUAUCUAACGACGGUUAUCAACAUGGUUGGCAUAAGAUUGCUAUCGCACCAUUCACCCCUCAAGCAGAUGACCAGAAUUGUCGACCUCCACCAUACGAAUACCCGAAUGAUAAAUAA